AUUUGCCCAGCCUUCCGAAACCAUGUCGCCCCCAACCGUGCCUCCGAUGGGCGUAGACGGCGUGUCCGCCUACCUGAUGAAAAAAAGGCACACCCAUAGAAAGCAACGGCGCAAGCCCACUUUCCUCACCCGUAGGAACAUUGUGGGCUGCCGCAUUCAACACGGCUGGAAGGAAGGCAACGAGCCCGUGGAACAGUGGAAAGGAACCGUGCUCGAGCAGGUUUCCGUGAAGCCCACUCUCUAUAUCAUCAAAUAUGAUGGCAAAGAUAGUGUGUAUGGACUAGAACUGCACCGAGAUAAGAGAGUUUUAGCGCUAGAGAUCCUUCCUGAGAGAGUGCCAGCUCCAAGAAUUGAUUCGCGCCUGGCAGAUUCCCUGAUUGGCAAGGCAGUGGGGCAUGUGUUUGAGGGUGAGCACGGUACGAAAGAUGAAUGGAAGGGCAUGGUCCUGGCGCGGGCCCCAGUGAUGGACACUUGGUUUUACAUCACCUAUGAGAAAGAUCCGGUCCUUUAUAUGUACACGCUGCUGGAUGACUACAAAGAUGGUGACCUGCGCAUCAUUCCGGAUUCCAAUUACUAUUUUCCUACAGCAGAACGGGAGCCUGGAGAAGUGGUUGAUAGCCUUGUGGGCAAGCAGGUAGAGCACGCUAAAGAUGAUGGAUCCAAGAGGACUGGCAUUUUCAUCCAUCAAGUGGUGGCCAAGCCAUCUGUCUACUUCAUUAAGUUCGAUGAUGAUAUUCACAUUUAUGUUUAUGGUUUGGUGAAAACUCCCUAAAUUAAUUGUGUCUUUUACAAAAGUUGUGGAACUAUUAAAUGUAAAAUACGUUGUGUUCUCAUAACUGUAAAUUUUUAGAAUAGUUUUGGUGUCAGAGAUUCAAGAAUUUAUUAGUACUUAUUAUUUAUUGUGCCUCCAAAUCUUACAUUUACUAGUUUCACAGUUUUGUCUUAAGUGUACUUUAGUACUUUCAAUAUUGCCUUGUUCUGUAAUUGAAAAGUUAAAUUAGGUUCUAAUAGAAUAUUAAAAAGUAUUCCCAACCACUGGAACAAUGAAAAAGUAGAUUAAGAAAAAUUAAUGGUGUAACCCCACACUGUAUCCUUCCCCCCAUUUUGUUACCUUCCCACCUUUCUUCUCCCCAGGUAAGAACAUGAUAUAUAUUCUGUCAUGUUUUCCCCAUCCUACUACAGAAAGUUUGUUGUAGUCGUUUCUAUAAAAAUAAAAAGCCACAUCAUUUCUCUGCUAAUUGCUUUUCUCACUUGGCAUGUCCAUGACAUCUCUUCUCAUCCGUAGCUGCAGAUAUCUGUCUCCCACUCCUUCUCCUUCCCCUCUCCUCUCUUCCCUGUUCUCCUCUUUCUCUCUCAGGAAUUUAUUUUGUAUAUGGUAUAAGAAUAGAGAUCCAACUAUAUUUUUUGUUCACAAUGGACACCUGAGGUGCCAUUAUGUUCAUUAAAUAAAUUACCCAUAUCCUGUCUCCCUUUCCCUCUCUCUUUCUUUCCCUCUAACAGCUGCAUAUACAGUGCAUGUUUAUGUACCACAAAGGUAUUUAACCAUUCCAUUGUUGAUGAUCAUUUAUUUUCUUUUGCUUUUUCACUAUAGCUCUGCUGCAAUACAAACUGGUGUUUUUAUUUCUAUAGGGUAGGUCCCUAGAAAUGGGAUUGAUAGGUAGGGGCAUAUUUAAUUUUAAGAGAUAUUACAAAAUUAACAACCAAAAUGAAGGUGCUCAUUUUCCAGCAUCCUCUCCAGCAAUCUUUAAUGUCUGCAAAUCUUAAGGGUGAAAAAAUAACAUAGUAUUGUUUCUUUAAUUGACAAACUCAAAUGAGGUUUUUUUUUUACUAUUUAGACUUUUUUCUUUUGUGAUUUGCCAGUGCUUAUAUUUUGUUCAUUUAUCUAUUGAAUCUUUGAUUUUUCCUUAUAUGUUUGUAGGAAUUCUUACUACAUAUACUAUAUGCUGCAUUAAUCAUUUAUAGAUCUUGUAUGUGUUAGGACUUUUUUCCAUUGUAUUAUUACUCUUGACUUUAUUGAUUGUAACUUUACUUUUAAAAAAUUUUUAGGAUAGACUACUAUCUCCUUUUUAGCUUUCUGGUUUCCUUUCUUUUUCAGAUGAAUGUCCCCACCCCAAGUCAUACAAAUAUUCACCCACAUUAUUUUUCUAAACAUUUUUAUUAAUUUUAAGGUUUAACUGAACCGUCUGGAAUUUACUUUUAUUUAUGCUGUAAGAGAAAUAACCAACUACACAUUUUGUUCACAUUGAAUACCUGAUUAUGCUAUUACAGUUAUUAAAUAAACCAUUCAUUUUCAAGUUCUUGAGCUAGUAUCACAUCGUUUUAGCUAUAUAGGCUUGACCAUAAAUUUUGGACUUUGAUAAAGUGAGUUCUCUCUCAUUAUUUUUUUCUUUUUUUAAUGUAACUUAUCCUAGACUUUCAUUCUUUCAUGUGAAAAUGAAAGCAUUCUUUCCACAUUAAAAAGGUUAUGAUAUCUUAGAAUUGUAUUUAAUUUCUGCAUUUCUGUUUAGAGUAUCAUUUUAAAUAUUAAGACUUAACACUCAGAAGUUUGGGUACAUUAAAAUCUUUUGGUUUUGUUUUUGUAAUGUUCAUAUAGGUCCAUCAUAUAUGAUGACAUUUAUUUAUUAAUAUUUUUACAGGCUUUUUUCACAUUUGGUAUUUUGAAUUGACCAUUUGAUCCUCUUCAUUUACAAGUUGUUACUUUUGGCAAUAUGGACAGGCUGCAGAUCUUUUUUACAUAUUUUUAUCUUCUCUUUAAUCAUCUGACUAAAUCCUUUAAAUUACACAGAUUUUUUAAAUGGAGUAUUUUGGACUUUGUAGAUAUACAAUCAUUUCAACCUGCAAAUAGAGUUUUAUUUCUUCUAAUAUUUGCAUUGAUAAUUAUUACAUUGGCUGGAUUCUCCAAAACAAUGUUUAGUAAUGAUUAUGACAGACCUGCCUGUCUUGUUCUUAAUUUUCAUGGAGCUGUUUUAAGUAUUCCCUGUUAAUAUGACAUUUGCUGUUGGUUACUGGUAAAUAGUCACCAGCCAUCAAAAUAUUUUGGAAGUUUCUUCUAUCCCUGUUUUACAUAGUGUUAUUACUAAACGUGGUUCCUGAAUUUUAUCAAAUGUCUUUUCAGCAUCCAUUGAUAAAAUCAUAUAAUUUUUCCUUUAACUUGUUGUUGUGAUGAAUUAGAGUGUACUUGAUGUUGAACCAAACUUGUGUUUCUGGAGUAAAUCCUUCUUUGCCAUGAUCAUUUGAUACAUUGCUAGAUUUUAUUUACCAAUAUUUCAUUUAGAAUUACUGCAUUUACAUUUCAAAGUGAAAUUAUAUUUUUUCUUCCUUAUACUGUCUUGAUAUCAAGUUUUGUUAUUAAAAUUGUGCUAGCUUUAAGAAAUGAAUUGGUGAGAUUUCAGUCUUUUUUUGUGGACUGGAAUCGUUUAAAUAGCAUUAGGAUGAUUUGUUCUUUAAAAAUUAGCUAGUACUAAGCUGUAAAACAAUCUAAUCCUGGUGACAGUUUUGAUGGUAGAUCUUUAACCAGCUUUUUAAUCUUUUCAGUGGUAAUUGGUUUAUUCAAGCUUUUUAUUAAAAAUAUAUAUAUAUUCUCUGUGAAAUACAAAGUUUAAAGUUUUCUCUAUUAUCAAGUUUCUCAAUUGUAUUAUUCUGAUGCUUAUGUCCUUGAGUGUUGCAUAUGCAUAAGUCCUUGAGAUGUUCAAUUUUGAAAACAUUGUAAUAAAAUUAUCAGCUUUA